AUGCACAACCCAAGUUCUGGCCAAAAUGACUUCCAUGGGGACACAUACAACUCCUCAUGGAAGAAUCACUCCAACCUGAAAUGGGGAGAAAACCAUAACCAAUGGCAGAGGAAUUCUAACCCAAACAACUUUCGUAACACAAACCACCAAAACCAUCAACCCACUAACAAUAAUCCAUAUAGAAAACUGCAAAACAAUCUUCCCACAUCCACCUUCUAUCCACAAAACAACCCCUCAAAUAACCAAAAUAACUUCCAUCAACCAUCAACAUCUCACACUCAACUACAACCACAUCAAGAAUACCAAAGAAUCUCCAAUUUGGAGAUGAUGAUGGAGAAACUCAUGAAGAAUCAAGAGAUGACCAGUAAGAAUUAUGAAGCAUCUAUGAGGAACCUUGAAAGGCGAAUUGGGCAAUUGUCUAAGCAUCCUGCUGAGAGACCAAUCAACGCAUUCCCAAGUGACACCAUUCCUAACCCAAAGGAGGAAUGCAAGGCCAUACAACUCAGAAGUGGCAAGACAUUGGGAGAUGAUACCGAGGUUGCCAGCAAGGAACAAACAGAAGCUGAGGAGAAUGACAAGGUGAACUCCAAGAAGGAUGAAGAACCACAAACUCCAAGGAAGGGGAAGCAAGUCCCAGAGGCACAACCACAAGAGCAGAGAAAGGAGGUGAAGCCAUAUGUCCCUCCACUACCUUACCCUCAGAGGUUGCACAAAGAGAUCAAAGAUCAAUAA